AUGAAUACGGCGCACGUCACUGAGAGUCAAAAUGAGCUGGGAGCAUUUAUCUACUACAUCUGGAGUCUCUUCAUCUCUCUGUCUUGGAUAUGUGUACUCUUAAACGCAUGCCAGUCCCAAGAGGAGCAUGAUGAUAAGCCUAAUAUAGUCCUGUUGAUGGUCGAUGACCUUGGGAUUGGGGACCUGGGCUGCUAUGGCAAUGACACAAUGAGGACGCCUAACAUCGACCGCCUAGCCAGGGAAGGAGUGCAGCUGAAUCACAACAUCGCUGCAGCCUCCAUGUGCACCCCAAGCCGGGCUGCCUUCCUCACGGGAAGAUACCCCAUCCGAUCAGGAAUGGUUUCUAGUAUAGUGGACCGUGUCAUCAUCACACUUGGAGCCCCGGCUGGACUCCCUCAUAACGAGACGACGUUUGCAGCCUUACUGAAAAAGCAAGGAUACAGCACGGCGGUCAUAGGCAAAUGGCAUGAAGGCUUAAACUGCCAGUCCCGACAUGACCAGUGCCAUCAUCCAUAUCAUUAUGGGUUUGAUUACUUCUAUGGCAUGCCAUUCACUCUGAUCGACCCCUGCUGGCAAGAUCCCUCUCGUGACACAGAAUUAGCCAUCGAGAACAAAAUCUGGUUUUGCGUGCAGCUGGUUGCCAUUGCUGCACUCACUCUCACCUUGGCGAAACUGAGCGGUUUGAUCUCUCUUCCCUGGUCCCUCAUCCUCUCUAUGAUUCUUUUUAUUUUUCUGCUGGGCUACUUUUGGUUCUCCAGUUACACAUCUCCUCUGUACUGGGAUUGCCUCCUAAUGAGAGAGCACGACAUCACCGAACAGCCCAUGAAGGCAGAGCGAGCUGGCUCCAUCAUGGUGAAGGAGGCGAUUUCAUUUAUGGAAAGGCACCGCGAAGGACCUUUCCUCCUUGUGUUCUCCUUUCUGCAUGUACAUGUGCCGCUCCCCACGACAACUGAGUUCAUCGGGACCAGCAAGUAUGGUUUAUAUGGGGACAACGUGCAGGAGAUGGACUCCAUGGUUGGCAAGAUUCUCAGUGCCAUCGAUGAUUUUGGUCUGAGGAACCACACGCUUGUCUACUUUACAUCAGACCACGGGGGGCAUUUGGAGGCACGGGUGGGCCAUUCCCAGCGUGGCGGGUGGAACGGAAUAUACAAAGGUGGGAAAGGCAUGGCCGGCUGGGAAGGUGGAAUCCGUGUCCCAGGACUUAUCCGCUGGCCGGGAAGAUUGCCAGCUGGGAAAAUGAUUGAGGAACCUACAAGUUUAAUGGACGUGUUCCCCACGCUAGCGGCUAUGUCGGGAGGCAUGGUCCCUCAGGACAGGGUGAUUGAUGGCCGGAACCUCAUGCCCUUGCUUCAGGGUGAAGUGCAGCGCUCGGAGCAUGAGUUCCUGUUCCAUUACUGUGGCGCGUUUCUCCACGCUGUGCGCUGGCACCCCAAGGACAGUGAGGCAGUGUGGAAGGUUCAUUACGUGACACCCGUAUUCCAGCCACUGGGAGCUGGAGCCUGCUAUGAGACUAUCUAUUGCCGAUGUUCGGGCAACCUGGUCACCUACCAUGACCCUCCUUUGCUCUUCGACAUCACCAGGGACCCCUCUGAGUCCACACCUCUGACGCAGGACACGGAGCCCUUGUUUGAUGUAGUGAUCCAAACGGUGGCCAACGCCGUGAAGGAACACAAGAAAAGCAUCCUUCCUGUCCAGCAACAGUUGACGGAAUUGAACUACGACAACCCGUGGCUGAAGCCUUGCUGUGGUGUGUUCCCGUUCUGUCUGUGCGACACGGAGCGGAGCACCUCAGCUGUGGAGGCGUAA